AUGAAAAUUUUCACUGCUAAAAAGUUAUGUGAUCACCACUUUGAAUCAAAUUACAUAAGUACAGGUCAUCGUUUAAUCAUAACAGCUGUUCCAACUUUGUAUCUUGAAGAUAAACAGACGAAAUCGGAUACUACCCUAAGAAUUAGAAGUUGUUACAAAAGCAUGCGCGAAGACUUAAAAUUUAAAUUAAAGAAGUCUAGAAAAACUAUAAAAGAUUUUAGGACUCGUCUAUCAAAUGUAGAAUAA